AUGGCGAUGCUGAGGAUAAGAAGAGCAAUUCAAGCAGUGAUCAGUACCACUGCUACAAGCAGGUGGGCUGAUGAACUCCCAGAAGAAAUCAUGCAAUUGAUUCUGCAACGGCUAUGCCUCCCAGACUAUCUCCGUUGUGGCGCCGUAUGCCGUUCUUGGAGAGCCGCCCUACCAGUUAAGCGUUGCCCUCCUUUUCCUCAACUUGAGAUUCCCUGGCUCAUGCUCCGUUCACACCCGUUCUCUCUCAAAGAUCAUUACUUCUUGAGUCUAAGUGACAACAAAACUCACAAGUCGUCGUCGUUUGGCUCUAACGACUAUAUAAGCAGGCGAGAUUGUGUUGGUUCCAUCGAGGGGUGGUUGAUUAUGGUUGAUAGUGAAUUUUGGCGUCCUGAGGGUUUUUUGUAUCCGUGGUCAUUCUGCUUGCACGCCUUGCGAGAUUAUCAUCUCAAGUACCCUUAUACUACCCUCAACUUCUUCUUGAACCCAAUUUCAGGUGUUCGGGUCAUGCUGCCAUCACAAUCCACCAUUCCAUACAUGUACGGCACCAGACCUUUCUUUUUCAAGAAAGUGGUAGCCUCUUCAUUGCCGUUGCUAACGACGUCGUGGUGGUCAAAAUCAGAUGAUCAUCAUCAUUGUCAUCAGAUAAUAAACUCAUCAUGUCUUGUGGCUGGCCUUUGUGGGGAAGGCCUUUAUUUGGCCUUUUGUAGACCAACAGAUAAAUCAUGGACCCUCAUUGAGCCAGUGCUAGAGGGUACACGCUUCACUCCUCUGGAUAUAGAAAUAAUUGAUGGGAAAUUAUAUGCUGCAAAUCAGGAUGCAGCACAGUUUUUGAUCGUGUACGAUCUCCAAAUGUUACAUGCUGAAGGCCAUGCCAAUGCCGGGCCUCCUGGUAAUAAGUACAGCGGGCCGCCUCAAAAGUUGGUUAUGCUUCAUCCAAGGCCAGUUCGUUCCCUGUCCUCUAACACUACGGGUGGCGUCGCAUAUGUUACCGAAAAGGAAAGCCCUCGCUUAGCAACAGAUCCUACAACAAAGGAGCUGUUUCUGAUUCUCCAUGACACUAGUUUUGCUUAUGAAAAGGAUCCAAUAAUUCCCCAGUCCCUCUUAGGUCACAAUUAUGUCAUUCCACCUCAAACUAAAGGAUUCCGAGUGUUCAAGCUUGAAUAUAACAACAAUGGUCCUAAGUGGGUAGAGGUUGAAGACAUCGGCGGCGAUAGGAUAUUGUUCCUGAGCAAGGCAAGCAACAAGCUCAUCUCUGCUACAAGCCUCAGUCUCAAUUAUGGCGAUUAUAAGAAGAGAGUUGAAGGAAAUUGCAUUUGUUUUGCUUUCGAUAAUCCUUGUUUAGCAUCACCGUGGAUGGGACGCGACUUUGGGGUGUUUUCCUUGACAAACAAGAACAUCCAGCGUUUUAUUGUUCCCAAUGAUCACCCUCGUACUAGCCUAUUCAAUACUCAAACUGUUUGGUUCACGCCAUACAUUGAAUAG